AAUUUUAUUUUAAAAAAAAAAAAAAAUUAUUAAAAAAAAAAAACAAAAUUAUUUUGCUAUGUUUACUUAUUAAUGGAUAUUAAUUAAAAGGCAGUCAAACAUGGAAACGGCAUUUGAUAUUUUAAUAGUUAAUAAAGAUUUCAAAGCUGAAUCUGCUGACUCUGUGACGCUUUCACGUGGUGAUAUAGUUGAAGUGCUAAAAACUUCGCAAGAAGAAACUAAAAAAAACGUUAACGAAGCCGAUUCCACAACUAAAUAUUUGGUAAGAGUUUUUGGUAGCGAUUCUCUUAAACAAGGAUGGGUCCCGAAAGAUAUACUGGAAACGAGUGAUUUCAGUACCGUACUUGAUGGCAAUGACAAAGAGACCGCUGAGUUACAAAAAAAAGCCGUUAUACGCGAGCUGAUAGAAACCGAAGAGGAAUUCAGCAAAGAUUUGCAACAUGUAGUCGAUCGCUAUAUUAAAGCUGUUGAUGCCGCCACCGCUCCACGGACCGUACGCGAUAGUAAAGAUGUAAUAUUUGGUAAUUUCCAACAAAUCGCUGAAUUCCAUAACAUGGUUUUCAUUGAUGGUGUAAAAUAUUACGCUGAUAAGCCGAGUAUGGUGGUUAAGACAUUUUUACGUUUGGAAAGAGAUUUUGAUAUGCAUGUGAAAUACUGCAAAACCGAACCAGUUGCCCAAGAAUACUUGUCCUCUAAUAAGGAGGCGUAUACAUUUUUCCAGGAAAUAUCGAAUCGACACAGCGACGAGAAAUCGUUAAGUGAACAUCUUAAAUUGCCGAUACAACGAAUUAACGAUUAUCAAUUACUUUUAAAGGAUUUGCUUAAAUUCUCACUGACCCUUAAAGAAAAUAUUAAAGACAUCCAAAAGGCUUUAGAGUUAAUGCUUAGCGUUCCUAGUCGAGCAUUCGAUAAUACAUUUUUGAGUAGCAUUGAAGGUUACCGCGGUAACAUCAGUAAAAUUGGCCGUUUGCUCUUGCACGAAUGGUGGUCAGUUAUUGAUAAAGAGAAUAAAUCGCAUGAAAGAUAUUUAUUUUUAUUUAAAUCACGGAUACUUAUUUGUAAGGUUCGUAAAAUAAGUGACAAACGUUCGGUUUUUCUAUUACAAGAUAUUAUACGUUUACCUGAUACUCAAGUAGAGGAUGAUGCGGCAAAUAAUGUAAUUAAAUUUACGGGGAAAACAAAAUCGAAAGAUACAAAUCUUCCCAUUAUCAUAAAACCGCAUAACGGUAAUAAGGAGUUACGACAGAGAUGGUAUUUAGAAAUUGGUGCUCAUAUUGAUAAGGAAGUUACAUUGCAAGAGCAUAGAGCCGAUGAUUUACGUGUAGAUCCGACACAAGUGAAUUUAGAGCCCGAAUUGAAUCUGCCACAAAAGGCUGAAGCCUAUAAUCCCGAUACAAGUAUUCGUGCCUCUGAUGUGGCUAAAGAUCAUUUCUUAACUAAGGAGGAGAAAGAACGUUAUCAAGCGGAAUACCAAGAACUCUUACGCUUAGAAAAAGAAUCCAUAGAUCGUUACAAUAAAACGAAACUCGAAAGUUAUCAGUCGUCAUCUCAAAAAACGGUCACGAAAUCUAACGAAACUGUACAACAAACGCAAAUUACGCAAAUUUCGGAAAAAAUUACUCAAGAGAGCCAGCAAUCAGCUAAACUUGAUGAGCAAUUUAUUACAAAAUCGAUAGAAGUAGAGAAAAACGAGAAGGUAGUAAAGACUGUUCCACAACACAUUGAGGAACAGGAGGCACCUGUUAAGCAGGAACAAAUAGCCAAAAAAUCGGCUAGUAAAACUCCGGAACAAGUUACACCCGCUAAAAGAACAACAGAAACUCACGCAGCCCCCAGUAAGCCAUUAGAAGUUAGCAAGGUCACAAAACAAAAAAGCCCUGAGCCAAAUAAAAUUUCCCAAGUAGCUCAGAAACAAACAGAGUCUUCGAAAACAAUUACAAAAGAAAGUGUUAGUAAGACAGUAGAGGCUACUGUACAGCAGUCCGCUGAAGGUAACCUUAAUAAGCCAGUAGAAGUUGUUUCUCCUCAGAAAAAAGACGAAUCUGUUGGAGGUUCCGAAGAAAUUUCCAACAAAUCGAAGAAAGCUGCAAGUCCACCUCAGCAAGCAAGCUCCAACCAAAAAAAUAAAGUCCAGCAGGGACAAAAAACUGAGGAUAGAACAGAAGCUAAAGCGCUACAAACUGCUUCGCAUUCAUCUACGAUAACUCAAAAAACUAUAGUAACUGAAGAAAGCAAAGACUCUGCUCAAGAAUCUUCGCCUAAAAAAGUCAAGAGAGAAGGUAUUCAGAAGGCUAAGGAAAGUGAAUUUAGGGAAAGUGAGAUUUCAUCAGCGGGUCAACAACAGGAACAAGACACUACUGGUAAGAAUAUUAAAGCCAUGUCGGCACCCGCUUUAACUCCUCAGCCUGAGCUUGAGCCUGAGCCUGUGCCUGUGCCUGUGCCUGAGCCUAAGCCUGAACCUGAACAAACGCAAGAACCUAUGCAAGCGCCUAUCAUAACUGUCACACAAGAUAUCAUACCACGACACAAGAACAUUGAGCUUCAAGAUAUAGUUGGCUAUAAAGAGGCCACUGGUGAUCAUGAUCAAGACGCCAGCGGUGGAAGAUCGAAUGUUUUCACUAUUAAGGAUAACGCCACGCUUAUGCAUUGGAAUAACACACUUACAGAUAUAACAUAUGGACGUGAUGGUUUCGAUGGUGGCUUUGGUCCACCGCCGCCACCCCUACCGCCACAUUUUGUACGCAUGCCCGGCUUUUUUCAACCUUUACCACGCAUUGCUUAUGAAACAUCUAUUGAGAUACUAAUUAUAAAAGCCCGUCCCCCUUCACCCCCACCUCCCAUUACACUAAUACCACGCGUGGUUGUGCACAACGAAGCUUUGGAAAUGAAAUCGCAAAAUUUCCUAGAAGGCAUUUACGAAACGGAUAGUUUUGACACAUCGUUACGUACAGCCAAAAAGAAAAUACGCUCGAUUAAGAGCACGGUAUUGAAAUCGACCGAUUCGACCAAGUAUGCAGUUGAUACAGUGAAGAAAGCUCAAGCGCGAGACUUUUUGCACAUUUUCACGCCACCCAUUAAAAAAAAAAGACCUAUUUAUGAAAUUGUCGAAGAACCAUCGCGAAGCGAUGUCAGCGAUUCUGAAUCGGUCUACGAUGAAUUGAAAAGUGAAAUACGUGAGCAUAGCGUUACUCGCACGGAAGACUAUUUAUCUGUUUCAGUGGCUUCAAGACGACGUCCCGGCAGUAGAGCACGCGAAUCGAGAGGAACUUCAUAUGAUAGCACUGCUGAAGUAGAUGCACUACUAAAACCACAAAGACAUGUUUUAGAUCGCAGCACUAGUACGCUACGUCCCGAUAGUCAAUUAGAAGACCGUCCCUACUCACGUCAGUCGAUUGCGUCAAGAGCCGGAGCACGCUCCGCUGCCUCGCUCAUGAUGGAGGGUCGUGCACCACGAUCGAUUGAAAAACCGGUCGUUAUUAAAAUGCUAAGAUGUUUGCAAGCGCAACCUGGCGAACCCGCUCAUUUUGAGAUACAAUAUAGAGAGAAACCAGGCUUGGUCGUUUGGUUAAAGGAUAACAAACCGUUAGAUGACGUUUUAGCUGAUCGUAUAACGCAAAUUGAAGCUCCAAUGAAUUCUUAUCGCUUGGAUAUUAAAAAUUGCAGCGAACGUGAUACGGCUGCUUACACCGCCAAAGCCACAACGGGCACUGAAACUACCACUUGUACGGCUCAAUUGGUAGUUGGUCAAGUUGCCGGCCACGAUGAAUCGAAAACGAAUGUACCACCAAUCUUUCUCGUUAGCUUAAGAGAUGCCGAAAUGUUGGAGACAACAAUGUUCCGGUUUCUUAUCAAAAUUAUGGGUGAUCCCAAGCCUAAAGUUCAAUUUUUCAAGGAUGAUCAGGAGAUUUUGGAAAAUGAUGAUGCUCGUGUCCAUGUUGUGCGUGAGAAAGAUUAUUUGGGUUAUUACGAACUGGUGAUCAACGAAGUCCUAAAAGAAGAUGCUGGCACCUACGUAUGCAAAGCUGUCAAUAAACACGGUGAAGCGUUAUGUGAGGCCAGAGUAACAACAGUGGAGGAUAAAAAUCCCUUUGGUUCCUUGGCCGGUCAAAUUUUGCUACCCGGUGAAAAACCAGUCUUCACAUGGAAACGCAAUGGUGUCGAAUUUGAUCCCGAAGAGAGAUUUAAAGUGUUAUUUGGUGAAGAUGAAGAUUCUUUAGCUUUAGUAUUUCAACAUGUGAAACCUGAGGAUGCUGGCAUUUACACUUGUGUAGCCCAGACUACUACGGGUAGCAUCUCAUGUAGUGCAGAGCUAACCGUUCAAGGUGCUAUUCAAACACUUUACCGAGAGCCGGAAAAACCAACUUUGGUUAUUGAACAUCGUGAAGCUAAUACGCAUGUGGGAGGCACUGCCAUAUUGGAAUUGCAAUGCAAAGGUUUUCCUAAACCGGCCGUUCAAGUUAAGCACGAUGGUACGGUUGUCGAAAUGGAUGAGAGGCAUAAAUUCCUAUAUGAAGACGAUGAAAGUAUGUCACUGCUUAUUAAAAACGCCAACACCGACGACGCUGGUGUCUACUCGUUCCAUGCCGUGAAUGAUUUGGGUGAAGAUACUUCAGAAAUUAAUUUAACCAUUAAGGCUCCUCCCAAAAUCAAGAAGAUUACAGAUGUCACGUGUAAUGUUAGCGAAACAGUGAGAAUAGAAGUGGAAGUGGACGGCAAUCCUGCUCCCAUUUUGAACUUAACCAAUAAUGGCAAAGAUAUUACCGAAGAAAAGAAUAUUAAGCUAGGAACAACGGUUAUAGGAAAAACCAGUCAAAAAGUCUCAAUAGAAAUCGUGGACAUUAAAUUAUCACAGGCUGGAAAUUAUUCGCUUAGAGCGACUAAUGAUUUGAGUCAAACUUCCGAGUAUUGGACCUGCACAGUACAUUCAAAGCCUGUGUUUGUGAAAUCCUUAGAGGAGGAAUACAUCCACGGCGAAAAGGAGACGGUUCUAAUGACUUGCAGAAUUGAUGCUUAUCCCGAAUCUAAACUUACUUGGUACCAUGAUGAAACUGUGAUCAACUUGAAGGACUCAACUAAAUAUUCGGUGUCGUGUGAUGGUAAUGCUUACACUCUAAAAAUGACAGGAGUUACACGGGUGGAUGCGGGCGCUUAUUCAGUCAAAGCCGAGAACGAACACGGCAGUGCUACUAGUAAAACAAAACUGCUAAUUAAAUGCACUCCGGAGAUAACGAAAAGCUUGAAAAAUAUAACUGUAACUGAAGGCGAUACAGAGGUUACGCUUAAUGUUGGCGUUGAUGCUUAUCCCAAACCGCAUGUGAAAUGGUUUAUCGACGGCAUCGAAAUUGAAGAAAAACGAAACGAGUACAGACGUCAAGAAGACGGUAAUGACUAUAAACUAAUAUUGAAAGAAGUAACCACAGCCUUGCAAGGCUCAUACAGUUGCGUGAUAAUGAACGACUACGGUAAAUUGCAAAACGAGUGCAAGGUCACAGUGAAUUGCAAACCUAAAAUUAGAAGGCCUUUAAAAGAUGUAGAAGUAGAGCAAGGCAAUGAUUUAACUUUAGAAACUGAUAUCUAUGCUGAACCCGAAGCUACGAUUAAAUGGUUUAAGAACGGUCAGGAAUGUAAAGCUGAUGCUCACAUCAAAAUCACACGGGAUUCAUACCACACGGAAUCCUAUUACAUGACUCUGAAUAUUUGCAAGACUGAGGAUGCCGGCAAUUACGAAGUUCGAGCCAAAAACACGAUCGGUGAAAGCACUUCUAGUUGUCAGGUUACAAUAUUAACUAAACCUGAAAUAUCUCAUGUGGAUAUAUUUGAGAAGCACAGCUUUGAGUCUGUGCCGCUUAAAUAUGAAGUAAUUGCUCAUGGAAUACCGAAACCAGAAGCUAUUUGGCUAAAAGAUGGAAAAGAAAUAAAAGCAGAUGGCCAACGGACUUUUAUCAUUGUAGAUAAAGAUGUCUACCGUUUGGAGAGAAAAGAGCUCAAGUUGGAAGAUGCCGGUGACUACAAAGUAAUCAUUAAAAAUAAAGUGGGCGAAAAAAGCCACCAGGGCGUACUUUCUUUGUCUCCUGUCGCUGAAUAUCGUCGUCCGAAUAUCAAGCGUGGAGCUCUCUCAGAUAUAAGUACCCAUAAGGGGAAACCUUUGGAUCUAUGCGUUGUAUUCACUGCCGAUCCUGCUCCGCAAAUUGCUUGGCUUAAAGACGGCAAAGCCACUCAAGGUGAUGAUCAUGUUAAAAUCACCUUAGAUAAGAAAGACUUUGAACAUGGACUUAUUGAAUACACUUGUACUUUGCAUAUUGAUGCAACCAAACAUGAAGAUAAUGGUCGCUAUGAAUUGAAAGUUGAUAACAAAUAUGGUAAAUUUGAGACUAGUUGCUGGGCGGAUAUUCUUUCAAAGCCCGAAAUCAUCGGUCUCAACGAUCAAGGCUGUUUACCCGGCGAUACCGUAUGCUUUGAUGUUGUUGUCCAAGCCAAUCCCAAGCCUAAGGUAACUUGGAGCCGUGGGAAUGAGAAUUUAUGCAAUAACGAUAAUUGCGAAGUGAUUGCUGAUGUGGACGCCGAAAAAUACCGUUUAGUUUUCCAAACUAUUACCUGCACCGAUGGUGGAGUUUAUAAUUUGACAGCUGUCAACAAUGAAGGCACCACCAGUCAAGAUUUCAAACUCAAUGUUCACGUGGAAAAGCCUAAGUUUGUUACACCACCUGAAGAUCAAAUUGUCCAUGAUUAUAGCCCGUCUUUGACCAAAGUUUUGGUACAUGGUAUACCUCGGCCCAAACUGGAAUGGUCGAAGGAUGGUAAACCUCUUGAGGUGACAGCUAAAGACAAAGCUUCAGGCGAACCUUUGUAUAAAGUGCAUACUGCUCCAGUGGGUAGUGAUCAGAUAUCUAGUGAAAUGGAAAUUUUGCACUUCCGCUUAAACGAUAUUGGCCGCUACGCUGCUGUAGCCACUAAUGAUGUAGGCACAACAGAAGGCCCUUUCACUUUAACAAUGCAAUCUUUGGCGCCCACAUUCGUAAAGAGUUUAGAGCCCACGAAAGAGGUACAUGAAGGUGAGCCAUUGAUUUUGGAAUGCAUCAUAGACGGUAGCCCCUUGCCUGUUGUAUUAUGGUAUAGAGAUAAUGAGGAAGUUAAACCCAGUGAACACGUUAAAAUUACCUCUACGCCGGAAGGUUUAAUUAAAUUAGAAAUUGAACAAUGUCUACCUAAUGAUUCGGGUGCUUAUAAAUUGGCCAUAACUAACGAACAUGGCAAAAAGGUGGCGCUGUGUGCUGUCGCUAUAACACCCAAGCCAUUGCCUCCAAGAUUCGUCAAGCCGCUCCAGGAUCAAAAUGUUACGGUAGGAGAAGUUCUUAAGCUGGAGGCCCAUGUCGAUGGCUUCCCUGCUCCUGAAAUUAAAUGGUUUAAAGAUGGUGUCCUUUUACGACCUAGUAAGGAAAUCAAUUUUAUUAACAAUCCUAAUGGUCAGAUAGGCAUAAGCAUUGACUCCGCAACGCCCCAAUAUUCGGGCAUUUACAAGUGCGUAAUAAGCAAUAAAGGUGGAGAGGUAGAAAGUACUGCCAAAAUUCAAGUUUUACCCAAACCCAGCAAACCCGAAUUCAUUGCCGAACUGCAAGACUCAAGAAGUGUUGAAGGCUUUCCGGUUAAAAUGGAUGUUAAAAUUGUGGCCAAUCCUUUACCUGAAGUUAAAUGGUUCCAUAAUGGUCAAGAGUUAUUGCCACAAAGUCAACAUUGCAUUUUGGUUGAAAACCCUGACCAUUCGUACAGUAUGAUUAUUGAGAAACCUUCAAUCAAGGAUUCUGGUUUGUAUGAGGUAAUUGCCACAAACCCUCAUGGCAGCGUAGCAUCUAAAGCUAAGCUGUAUGUGGCUCCGAUAACUGACGAGAACUCAGCCGAAGAACCGCCUGGUUUUGUGUCUGGGUUGCGCGACGUAAGCGCCGAUGAAGGUCAGGAAUUGUCAUUCUUGGCUCCUUUCGUUGGCAAUCCUAUGCCUGAGACGAUAUGGAGUAAGGACGGUGUUCCUCUUUCACCUAACGAACGUACACUCAUGACUUGUGACGGCAAGCACGUAGGUUUGAUUAUUAAGCCGUCUGAAACUUCUGAUUCUGGAGUUUAUAGCUGCCUACUGGCUAAUCCGCUAGGUGAAGAUACUUCGAAAUGUCAUGCGAAUGUGCGUAAAGUAUACAAGAAACCUGUAUUUACCCAGAAAAUUACGGAACAGCAACAAGUAUAUGGCGGUGACGCCAAAAUUACUGUAAGCGUGUCGGGCGUACCCUAUCCCGAAUUGAGCUGGUACUUUAACGAAAAACCUAUAGCGGAGGGUGAUAAAUAUUCAAUGCGGCACGAUGGUGAUCACCAGACUCUUACCGUAAAAGAUUGUGGCGAUGCCGACAAAGGCAUCUAUAAAUGCAUAGCAACUAAUCGCGAGGGUAAAGAUAUUACUCAGGGACGUCUCGAUGUUGUUAAUGAAAUCAAAAAGCAUACUCGUGCUGAGCCGCCUGUGUUUCUUAAGAAAAUUGGCGAUUGUGAUAUUUACGCUGGUAUGGCAGCCAAGUUUACCGCCAUGGCCACUGGUUAUCCCAAACCUGAAGUUGAAUGGUUUAAAAACGGUCAAAAACUAUUCAAUACUGACAAAAUUCAUAUUGAAACCGAACCAAAUGGCCUAAUGCGUUUAUCGAUCAAAGAUGUAGACCACACAGAUGUGGGGCGCUAUGUAUGCCGCGUCUUCAAUCCACAUGGCGAUGAUCAAUGCGAGGCCGAACUUCUUUUUGAUACUUUUGAUAGUCACGCUCAAGUACCUUUAAGUGAACAAUAUCGUGAUUACAAUAAGUACAAACAUACCGGUGCUCCUACACCGCUUUCUGAUCCACCUCACAUAAUUAAAAUGACUGAUCAUUACCUACAACUGGCUUGGAAACCUUCCGUUCCAACGAUGCCUCGCUAUCCUGUUACAUACCAAUUGGAAAUGCUGGAUUUACCCGACGGUGAUUGGCAUACUGUACGUACGGGUAUCCGUCGAUGUGAUUGUAACAUAAGGGAUCUGGAACCAUUUAGGGAUUACAGAUUUAGAGUUCGUGUAGAAAAUAAAUUUGGUGUGAGUGAUCCGAGCCCAUAUUUGCAAACUUACAGAUCAAAAUUGGUACCUGAGCCACCAAAAACAUAUACUUAUUUGUCUCCCGGUGUAGACUUUAGACCAGAGACGUCACCUUAUUUCCCGAAAGAUUUUGACAUAGAAUGUCCCCCUCAUGAUGGAUUAGCUCAAGCACCGCAAUUUUUACGCCGUGAACGUGAUGUUACUUAUGGUGUAAAAGGUCAUAACACCGAGUUAAUGUGGUUUGUCUACGGUUACCCGAAACCAAGGAUGACUUAUUAUUUUGAUGAUAUGCUUAUUGAACCAGGUGGACGGUUUGACUUCAGUUACACUCGCAAUGGCCAGGCGACACUGUUUAUUAAUAAAAUGCUUGAUCGUGACGUGGGUUGGUAUGAAGCUGUGGCGACUAAUGAGCAUGGAGAGGUUCGUCAGCGUGUGCGGUUAGAAUUGGCGGAAUAUCCACGUUUUACCAAACGCCCCGAAGAAACUUUUAUUAUGGGACGCAAAAAUGGUCGCAUAGAAGCUCACGUGGUAGGUGUACCACAUCCUGAAAUUCGUUGGUAUAAAGAUUGGCAACCUUUGGCUGAGAGUAGUCGUAUUAAGAUGCGUCAUAUUGAACCUAAUGUGUAUAUAUUAUCCAUUAACGAUUCCAUUCUUAAAGAUGGUGGUCUCUAUUCUAUCAGUGCUCGUAACGUAGCGGGCUCAGUGAGUUCAUCGAUUAUGGUGCACAUUGAGGAUAGUGAAGAUCAGUAUAUAUUCGAUACCUACGGCCGGCAUCCUUAUGUCCGCUUUAAACCCAUACGGUUUGAAGACAAAUACGAUAUAGGAGACGAACUGGGUCGGGGAACACAGGGUAUUACUUACCAUGCCGUGGAAAGGGCAUCAGGCGAUAAUUAUGCCGCCAAGAUUCAAUACGGUAAACCUGAACUACGACCCUUCAUGCUUAAUGAAAUGGAGAUGAUGAACAUGUUGAAUAGUCGUCACUUGAUACGUUUGCAUGACGCCUAUGAAACUGAGCAGCAUGUAACGUUAAUUUUGGAAUUAGCUGCUGGUGGUGAACUGGUUAGAGAUAAUUUAUUACGCCGAGAUUAUUACCGAGAGCGUGAUAUUGCUAAUUAUAUUCGCCAAACGCUGUGGGGCUUGGAGCAUAUGCAUGAUACAGGCUUAGCUCAUAUGGGCUUAACCAUUAAAGAUCUCUUAAUUUCUGUGGUGGGCAGUGAAAUUCUAAAAAUCUCCGAUUUUGGCUUAACACGUCGUAUUAAUACUCAUCAUUUGACAACCUUGGAUUUUGGCAUGCCAGAAUUUGUUUCCCCUGAGGUGAUUAACAAAGAAGGUGUUAGCUAUGCUCAUGAUAUGUGGACUGUGGGUGUUAUAACAUAUGUCCUGCUUGCUGGUCAUAAUCCCUUCCGUGGUGCCAACGAUCGCGAGACUUUGCAGAGAAUUAAGGAAAGCCACUGGGACUUCAGUGAUUCCAUUUGGACUCACAUAACUGACGAGGGACGCGAUUUUAUUCGGCGUUUGCUAUUUUAUAGCCCUGAAGAACGUAUGGAUGUUCAUACGGCGCUCCGGCAUCCUUGGUUCUACAUGCUAGACCGUAAAGUAACCGAAGAUGAGUACCUCAUAAAUACCGAUCGUUUGCGUAAUUAUUACAAUGGAUUUAGAGAUUGGUACGGUAAUGCUUCAUGCAAGCACUACUUCCGUCGCCGGCGGUUGAGCGGCUGUUGGACGCAUCCAUCAAAAAUGGUUUACCCUCCAGGUUUUGUAUAUACACCAGAGCCCACACCAGAGCCCUUGCCUGAACCCAAAAUACGUAGCAAACGGGCUGAACCAUAUUCAAAGUUCUUACAUCCGGAUUACGAAUUAGGUCUUAUACAGUCCGAGAGUCACUAUCAGUAUGGUCCUGACACAUAUCUGCUACAAUUGCGUGAUGUUAGUUUCCCGGUACGUCUCAGAGAGUACAUGAAAGUGGCUCAUCGUAGAUCGCCUUCGUUUGCCUUAAAUGACAGUGUCGAUUGGACGUUGCCUAUUAUACGGGAACGUCGUCGUUUCACCGAUAUUAUGGAUGAAGAAAUUGAUGAUGAGCGUACACGUAGCCGCAUUAGCAUGUACAGCGCCCAGGAUUCUUACACAAUCCGUCGCCUUCGUACUGAAUUAGGUCCCCGCUUGGACGAAUAUACGGAAGCAGAAGCUUUAAUCGAAUGCCGCCGUGAAGGUUACCCGCCAUUUUUCAGAGAGAAACCACAAACUUUGGCCGUUACAGAAGGCCAACCCGCGCACAUUCACUGCUUUGCUGUCGGUGAUCCCAAACCUUGUGUCCAGUGGUUUAAAAACGAUAUGGUAUUAAUUGAGAACAGCCGUAUAAAGUUCCACACUGAUGAAGACGGUCGAUCUAUUUUGCGCUUCGAGCCAGCCAUGCAAUUCGAUGUCGGUGUUUAUAAGGCGGUAGCACGCAACAAAGUCGGUCAAACUUUAGCUAGAUGUCGUGUGGUAAUCGCUUCUUUGCCAGAUGCACCAGAUUCUCCCGAAGUAUCGGCUGCCAGCGGCAGUGAGAUUCUGUUGCGUUGGAAGCAACCGCGCGAUGAUGGCCACACUUCAGUACUAUGCUACAGUUUGCAAUAUAAACGCGUCGACAGUGAUGCAUGGGCUACUAUUGCCGACAAUAUUGACCACGAAUUCUUUUUGGUGCAUGACCUUCAACCCAAUACUAAUUAUAUGUUUAGAUUGGCUUCUAGAAACCGUAUUGGUUGGAGCAAAAUGGGUAUACCGAUCACGGCGUCAACUUCGGGCUCCGAUUCUCCCAAAAUUCACAUUACCAAGGCUAUGAAACACUUGCAGUUGCAAACUGAAAAUGGUCAGACAGUAGUGCCGGAAGAAGAACGUGUCCACACCGACUAUCAUUGCGAACGUGAACCACCGAACUGGGUGACAGACCAUUCAGUUAAUGAAAAAUACAGUUUCAUCUCGGAAAUUGCACGUGGGGAAUUCAGUACCAUCGUGAAGGGAAUACAAAAGUCCACCGAUGCUGUUGUAGUGGCGAAAAUAUUUGAAGUGACUGAGCAAAAUGAAGAAGAAGUAGUAACGGAGUUUGAUAAUUUUAAAACUUUACGGCACGAACGUAUACCGGCUCUAUUCGCAGCCUACAAGCCUUUGAACGUACCCGUAGCUAUAUUUAUUAUGGAAAAGUUACAAGGUGCUGACAUAUUAACAUACUUUAGUAGCCGCCAUCAAUACUCGGAACAAAUGGUAUCCACCGUAAUUAUGCAACUGCUCGAUGCCUUACAGUAUUUACAUUGGCGUGGUUAUUGUCACUUGAAUCUACAACCAGACAAUAUAGUUAUGGCUUCGGUGCGUUCUAUACAAAUAAAACUGAUAGAUUUUGGUUGCGCUCAGAGAGUUAAUAAAUUAGGAAAACAAGUGAAGGCAUGCGGUUUCCUAGAUUUCCAAGCACCUGAAAUGGUUAUGGAAGAGCCUGUUUAUCCACAAACUGAUAUUUGGUCAGUGGGCACUUUAAGCUAUUUGCUGCUAUCCGGUGUAAGUCCAUUCCGAGGAGCAGAUGAAUAUGAGACUAAACAAAAUAUAGCCUACGUACGCUAUCGAUUCGAAAAUCUGUACAAAGAAGUCACACCAGAAGCAACACGUUUCAUUAUGUAUUUAUUUAAGCGACAUCCCACGAAACGUCCCUAUACCGAAGACUGUCUUGAGCAUAGAUGGCUGAUGUCCUCCGAUUAUAUGGUGAAGAAACGUGAACGUGCUGUUUUCUUGGGUCAUCGCCUAAAGGAAUUUUCUGAUGAAUAUCAUGCUCAAAAAACGGCAACAGCCUCGCCAAAAAUCUCCUUCGAAGGUGGGCCUACGCCUUCACAGCUAUUGCGUUCAAAUAGCAUACAAGAAGAGCUUUUAACCACUUACUGA